CACCUUCAUAGUUCGUUUUGGAGGGAUCAACAUUACCCUUGUGGGUGUGUGCUGUUGUGUACAUUGUAUUGAUUGUAACAAUAAUUUUGAGAAACGGUGUUAACCAAUAACAUAAAUCUCCUUAUUUUUGCCUUUUAAUUAUACAGUCGCUGCGCUAACGCUAAAGUGGUGCUCAUAUUGGAAUUUAGAAGUUAGUUCGCUCGAUCAUGAAUGGUUAAACGUUUACCAUUGCAACGCCAUACUAGGCUUCUUAAUGGUAGUAUAAAUUUUUAAGGUUAGUAAAUUUACCCUCCUCGAUGGUAUAUCGAUACGAUAUUUUGAAGUAAAUAUAUUAUUUAGUUUCUCUUCUUCUUCUUCUUCUUUGGCUCAACAACCGAUGUCGGUCAAGGCCUGGCCUGUACCCACUUGUGGGCUUGGCUUUCAGUGACUAAUUGAUUCCCCCCCAUAGCAGGAUAGUCAGUCCUACGUAUGACGGCGCGGUCUAUUUCGGGAUUGAACCCAUGACGGGCAUGUUCUUAAGUCGUACGAGUUGACGACUGUACUACGAGACCGAUUAUUUAGUUUUUGGAUUAAUUAUCGGACCUCUGCAGGUCUACAUAAAUAGAUGUAACAAUACUUAGAAACUAACCAAAACGAAAAUGCUGAUGAAGAAGAUCUUGGAACAAUGACGUAUAAGUAUUAAAAUCGAACAGGUCACUCGUAACAUUUAAAAAAAUCGUUCUAGCUAUCCUAGACGGUGCAACAACAAAUCACGGCAGAAAAGAGCGCACGGGACCUUGCAGCAGCCCCAUGUUUUUUUUUCUGACAUUAAGCGACUCCAAACCAAGCAAUAGGCACUGUUGAUAGUAAGGAGCUUGGACCCCGUUAGACCAAGGAGGGAGUCGUAAGGCGAACCUUGUAAACUUGUGCUGAAUACUUUCCAGGCGAUUGAUUGAACGGGUUGUUAAAGGACACCAGGCUAAAGCACACCAGAUCGAAUAUACGGUUUUAGGCACAUAUAUAUAUAUAUAGCCCAAUAUACGUGUUUUAGGCACAUAAGAUCAUGCAACUCUUUACAUUUUUUCAUCAUAGGUCCUAAAAUAAUUCAAAAACAAAAACCACCCUACGCUGGCGUGAUUUUUAUGCGCGUGCUGUAGAUGGUCAUUUCGCACCACCCGACAAUUUUGCCCUGCGUUCCCCUAUUGUAUUCGUUCGAGAGACGUCGCUAUGUUUUGACCAUCGAUGAUCCUAUGUUUUAAUCCGUCCACAUAUUGUUUGUUAUGCUGACGCUAAAAUUGCUAAAUGUUUAAUUUUGUUGGUUGUGCGAGAUAAAACUGCACGUUUUCAUCAUUGCUCAUCGCGUUUGCAAUAUGAUCCAUGGAGAGAUGCCGCUUUGUUGCAGCUGUAGCGUUGUAAGCAAUUAUGCUCAUAUGAAUAUGAAUAUGAAUAUGAUCGUCGUGCUAGAUCGGGUAAUAUCUUGGUUUGCACAAUCAAGGCGAUACUUAUGCUUAUGGUUCGCACCGGUGUAUUUGGGUAUAAUUUUCUUCUUCCAUGGUUGUGCUGCGCUGUAGCGGCCGCUCACGCUCUCACGCGCUCAUUUUGCGCUACGAAAAGGGGGGGCUCAAGCGUUCUAUACUUCCACUAUUUUGUUUUGAGCUCAAAACUCUCGCUAAGCUAAAUUUCAAAUUUGACUGUCGCGCUCUAAACAGUAGCAUUGAUUCAUUUGCUCCCCCGGUUUGUUGCUGCAUUCCCGCCGGUGAGCCAGAGAUGAGCUCAUCAAGCAACGAUUUUUAGCGUCAGGGACGGCGCUUGGAGCUAGCGUGCGCUGGCACGUCGAUGACGGCAUCGGUUGCUUAACGGGGGGACGGACGGAUGAUCAAUGUUUGUCUCGCGAUCAUCGCGUCCAUUCGGCAAUCAAGGUGAUCCUGGACUGCGUAGAUGAAGCGCAGAGUUGCAGACGGUAAACAUAGCCGUUUCCUUUUUUUCCUUUGUUGUCAUAAAUGGUGUGAGCAGCCAUGGAAUGGUCGAUAACAGUUGAGGAGGAAAGCGUAGCACAGAACGUGUACCCUUGUGAAAUAAUAUCCAGGGGAUCUGACGUACAGUUGGUUUCUGAGAAUUGUGGUUGGUGACAUGACCAGCAGCAUUAUGCUUUCAAAUAUUCCAGUCACAUCUUGGAUUGCUUAUUACGCUGCUAGGAACAGUAAUGCUUAGGUAUAUGCAAGAUGAAAGAGCUAUUUGCAAAAUAAAAUGAAAACAACACAAAAAUCAUAAAACCAACAGCACAACAACAGUCAAGAUUCGAAAAUUUAAAUAACUUAAAAAUCUAAACUAUUUAUUCAAGUCACUAUAACUCCGACUGAUGAAUGAAUGGCACGCAAAGUGAUUGAUGCUAGGAAUACUGAAUUGAACGUAUUCUGCAAAUAUUUGUUCAUGAUUUGGGGGUAUGCAUGUGUGUGUGUGUGUGUGUCUUUGACUGAAUUACAAUAGCCGUAUAGCGCGCAGCUCGACCGUCAAAUGAUGCAAAGUGAAAAAACAGCAAUGAAAAAUGUUGCUGAACGAAAUUCAAACAGACCCUUGGUUGACCUUGAACUGGUCUGCUUAGAGCCAGAGACUGUAAUCCAAACAGGAACCAAAGUAAUUAAAUCGUGCAUAAACAAGCAAGGGUCGGCACAACACUGCGAUGUUGCGGCACUACUAGUGCCAUCUAUUGCGGAACACAACUUUGCCUAGCCGAGGUGCGAGCUUUCUGGGAGCUUUGCGACGGAAACUUGAGCUUUCUGGAGACUAUCAAAACGGCAAAACAACGAAUUGUAAUGCUGAAUCUUUAUAAUAUUAUCUUAUAAAUACGAUACGAUAGAUAAAUUCAAGUUAUUACAGAGUAAAUUUUCGAUGUCUACUACUAUGUCAAAAUUGAUUAAACGUGUUCAGCCUUACUGAGUAACGUCCACUGCUCCGACGUAAAACGUGACGACACUUUACCGCUCGGAACCAAUGCAAAACAAAACAAAAUGAAGUGAGGAGGUAAACAUUGCACAUUAAAAUAGGUCGAUCUGGGAUAUCGAUCUGGACGGGAUGCGAGUGCUUUGUACGAUUGGGUGGAAAUGGCACACAGCGAGGGUAGAAAGGAAAGGGUCACCGGGUUCAAUUGAAAUAUCGUUCCCCAUCUACCCGCAUCCGGCGCGGACAGUGAGGAGGGAUGGGAGGAUGGGAUGGGACGAACCAUUCCUCCCGUUGGUAUACCGAACCGGGCAUGUAUUGAUUUUGCGUGCGUUUGUCCGCUGCCUAUAAAUUGCAAUGCGCGAUGUCGCGAUGGCAACAAACUUUCCCGCCAGCCUUUGCAGCACGGCCUCGUUCGCUUAGUUUUCUAAUUAAUAAAAUGGUUAACGCUCGCACCGACGCCCGAGUCCCGAGAGACGCGCUGCGUGGGAAGAACAACAAAAGCUUGAAACUUGUUAGCUGGAAUUUCCAUCCGAUUCGUUAUUCAUUUGAUAUUUUGUUGUUGUUGUUGCUCUUUUCGUUUGCUGAGUUCAACAAAACUAACUCGAGAUAUUGGAAAAGCCCGUUAUGUGUGUAGCAAGAGUUGGAUCAGCAUCAUCACGUCCAACACUCGAGAUUGCAGCAAUGCCGGUGGUGAGAACUGAUCUUGAAAUCGUUGCGUCGUUCAAAUUGAUCCGGCAACGCAACUCCAGACGUACGUUGCUCGGAAGUACUUCAACCUCCCUCCCUAUCCGCCCCGUCGCUCUCUCUCUCUCUCUCUCUCUCUCUCUCUUUCUCUAUCCAGCUCACAACACACCCACUGCAUGUGGCUUAGCACAAGGGGGAGCUAUUUUUCGCUAUCAAUUAACCUCCAAACUCGGCCCGGUCUUGGGCCACCCUCAUUUCAUCAGACUUAAUCUCGCACGUCAAGACGGCAACGGACACGCUGGACACUGGGGCACGCAAUCUUCGCUGGUGGAUUACGGCUGGUUUUUGGGGUGCGCGUUACUCAACGCACUGUUUUGAGCUAGAUCUGGAACGGAAGGGAAAACUAGACGGAAGGGAAAACUACUGGGAAAAAGUCACGCUGUGCGUGAGGAAUGAUCUGCGUGUUAGUUGGGUGAGCGGACUAGAAGGAAGCAGUUCCCUAUCGACGACAAGUGCGCAGCGUUGGAAUACGGGUCGUCUUUUUGUCCGUUUAGUUCGGUGCUGGUCUGACUGGUGCAAGUGUACUGGAAUGGCGGAAAAUUCCGUUGCUCCUGCACCAAGGAUACACCACAGUGUGCUACCCGUUGGAAUUCAUCCAACGGCACCAAGAGAGUACCGUCCGCCAUUAUCGAUCAUCAAAUUUUUGGAGCUGUCACUGGCCGUUACCUGUACCACGCUGCACUACUACAGCUUCAACGAUGGUGAUCUGGUGACGGGCUUCCUGGCGACCGGGACGUUCUGUGGUUUUAUCGUGAUUCUGUUCACCGUCAUGGCAGGCUACCUGAUGAAGGCGCACCUUCAUCGUCGAUUGAGCAUCUUCUACAGCCUCCUCGGCUGCGUCUGCUUCCUGACGUCCGGUGUCUUCAUUAUCGAGGCGUGGGAGCAUGCGUUUCGCACACGGACCCGCGAUCUCGCCAUCACCAAGGGCUCGAUCGCGGUCAUCAACGGGGUGAUCUUCCUGAUGGACACGAUCUUUACCUUUCGUGAGCGCAAGUGAACAGCGCGCGGUCGGGGUGCUCUGGGUGCCCCACACCAUCUGGUCCGACGUUUAGCGGUCGCCAGGGGUUUGAGUGUUUGGUUUGUUUUAGAUGGUUGUGUGUAGCUUUGUAAAAAAAACCAUGGUGUUGUUACUAACGCAACAAGCGCUGUUGGUGGAUUCUGAAUUUGGAACGCAAUCGUGCUUAAUGGUUUUAGGUAAAUUGGUUUUCAAGGUGCACAAUUUAUAUUACAAUUAAUAGUUAUUUUUCGAUGCGUGAUUUUAUGGCACACGUAGUUUUUAUGAACAAAUUAAAAGGACCUUCAAACACGAUCAAACAAAUAAGGUACAUAUUCGAUAAAAAAAAUUAUUCGCUACGAUUUUAAAGGGAAAGGGCCCAUAGAGAUUUAAAGGAGUUAAAAAAAACCAAUCCAAAAAACUAUCCAAUAAUAACAAUAAAUACCUAAUAUGUGGAGACCUUAACGUACGACACCGAACGUGAAAUUUUAUCACUGCUAAUCAAGCUGGUAAAUCGCGUUUUUAAGAAAUCCAGAAAUCCCAUUUCAAUGUAUUAUCCAAACGUUCUCACAUACAUUCAAUCAAACUCUAGACAAAAUCCGUCUACAAUUUAACAGAUAACAAUAUUUAUAUUUCUACGCCAAUCUCACUCCGAACUUGCUUCCGAUCAUUUGUUAGUAAAAAUUCAAAUAAAAAAAUAUAUUACUAAUUAAUAAACCCAACCCAUGAGCAUAUAACAAUUAGCAUUAACAAGCAUUAACAAACAAUAUUACUAUCACAUAGCUGAAUCUAAUUUUGCAAACAACUCAAAUAGAUGAAAUGAUAAUAAAAGCUACCAAUGACAUCAUGUAUGCUCAUCAUAUAGCUGUUCCAGAAACAUGUCUAGGAAAAGCAUAACAUCAUAAUACCGGAUGAGGUUGUAUCUCUUAUAAAAGUGCGCAAUAAGUAUAAGAAAAAAGGGCAGCGAUACAGGCAAUAUUCAACUUACCUAUAGCUUAAAGAAACCAUCGACACUAAAACACCACUCUAAACGCUGCUUGGUCAGAUAAUCUUGAAUCAAAUAAACAGUGUCCGGAAUUACAAUGGGAGAAUAUAGAAACUAGUUAAAAUGUUUAUCAAUGUGCUAAAUAACUAUCCAACCUCUUUAACAAUAUAGAAAUUCGCUAAUAACCACAAGAAAAAUAUGUAAUACUAUCAAACACACAUUUUGAAUACGCAAAUUACACUACUAGCCAUUAUAUAAGUUUAACAAAAAGAAUAAAUAAUCUACUGCAAAUAACUAA